CAACUCUCUCGCUCCCCAAAUUGUUCCGCCCAAAACAUCUCUUUCCUAAAACCCUCGUACAUACCUCCCAAUUCCUAAAGUGUAGGGAGAGAACGAGAGAGAUUUAGAGAGAGAGUUGGCUCUACGGCUUUGGAGGGGGAGAGAGAGAGAGAGAUGAGUGCCUGCAUUAUCAGAAGUGGCGUGAAAAGCCGCCACUCCGCAUUCAAUCUAUGGCCGAGACAGUCGAUCACCGACUCAAUCGGAGCUCCGACCGUGAGAAGUCAACGACAACUACAACAUUCCAAUGCUCAUACCCGGUUCCCCCAUUCUCCCUACGGGAAGCCUAAAAACCUCUCGCUGUGUCCUUCUGUUGUAUUGUCUUCUCCUAUUUCUUCAACGACCUCGUCGGCUUCAAAGGUUGGUUUUGUGUCAAAGAUUAGGUUUGUCGGGUGGUAUUUGGGGAUGGUGAAGUCUCGCCCCAUUCUCACUAAAAGCAUCACUGCCGCCUUUAUUUACACAGCUGCCGACUUGUCCUCUCAGAUGAUUGCACAGCCAUCUUCGGAGCCAUAUGAUCUUGUGAGGACAUUGCGCAUGGCUGGAUAUGGAAUGCUAAUUUUAGGACCAUCAGUACAUUUUUGGUUCAACUUUGUGUCAAAAGCCCUUCCACAGCGUGAUCUCAUCACUACAUUGAAAAAAAUAGUGCUGGGGCAGACAAUAUAUGGGCCUGCAAUGACUGUUGUUUUCUUCUCCGUGAAUGCAGGUCUACAAGGUGAAACUGGUGCAGAGAUUGUUGGUCGAUUGAAGCGUGACUUGAUCCCUACGAUGAUAAAUGGUGUUAUGUAUUGGCCCAUCUGUGAUUUUGUGACAUUCAAAUUCAUCCCUGUUCAUUUACAGCCUUUGGUGAGCAACUCGUUUUCAUAUCUAUGGACUGUCUACAUUACAUAUAUGGCUAGCUUAGAGAAAGUAGCCACUGAGUAAUAGUAUGAGCUGCUGAUCCCCACUCACCGCCUUCAUACUCAUGCUCGAAAUUAUAUUUGGUUGCACAAUGCGAAGGAGGCAGAUAAUAUGGGAUCCUACAAAGUGAACUCUUCGAACGGUUCUGCAGAAUUGAUGCCAUGACAUGUAUGGAGAAGCACAGUUGAAGAAAUGACAAACCCACACAAUUGUUUAGUUAGAUCUUUAGCAGCAGUCGGCAUAACUGAUUAUGUUUUUUCAUGUAAUUUAUGUUCACAUUUGUGAUAUCAUAGCAGUUUAGAUCUACUUGUUUAAAUUCUAUUGGCCUCUUAUGAAUCACAGCUUUUCGUUUUUCUUUUGUUCAGUGUUCUUGUUUUCUCAAUGGCACUUGAUUAAAGCAUUAUCCAUGUUCUUGUUUUCUCAACAGUACUUUAUAAGACUGCAUUUGGUUGUGGUGAAGUGUUAACGUUUUUCGUUUGGUUGUAGACUGGAC